AUGGAGCCAAGGAGCAAUGUAACUUACUUUGUCUUCCUGGGCCUCAUACAGAAUCCAAAGGAACAGAAAGUCCUUUUUGUUAUGUUCUUGCUGGUCUACAUUUUGACUGUGAUGGGUAACUUGCUCAUUGUUGUGACAAUAACUUUCAGUAGGACCUUGAAUUCACCUAUGUAUUUUUUUCUUGCUAGCUUGUCAUUUAUAGAUUUAAUUUACUCUUCUUCCAUUUCCCCCAGAUUGAUUUCAGACUUGUUCUUUGGGGUAAAUACAACAUCCUUCCAAUUUUGUAUGACACAGCUCUUUACUGAGCACCUUUUUGGAGGAUCAGAGGUUGCCCUUCUGCUGGUGAUGGCCUAUGACCGAUAUGUGGCCAUCUGUAAGCCCUUGCAUUACUUGGUCAUCAUGAGGCAGAGGGUGUGUGUUGUACUUCUGGUGGUGUCCUGUGUUGGAGGUUGUCUACACUCAGUAAUUCAACUUAGCAGUGUUUAUGGGCUCCCAUUCUGUGGCCCCAAUGUCAUUGAUCACUACAUGUGUGACAUGUACCCCUUAUUGGAACUUGUCUGUAAUGACACCCAUGCCAUUGGCAUCUUGGUGGUGGCCAAUGGAGGACUGAGCUCUGCUGUGGUUUUUCUGCUCUUACUCGUCUCCUAUGGAGUCAUCCUGCACUCUCUGAAGAACCUGAGUCAGGAAGGGAGGCGGAAAGCUUUCCACACCUGUGGUUCCCACAUCACUGUGGUUUUCUGCUUCUUUGUCCCCUGUAUUUUCAUGUAUUCAAGACCUGCUAAGACCUUCCCCUUUGACAAAUCAUUGAGCGUGUUUUACACAGUCAUAACCCCCAUGCUGAACCCAUUAAUCUACAGUCUAAGAAAUUCUGAGAUGACUAAUGCUAUGAGGAAACUCUGGAGAAACACAGUGAGAUCAAGUAUUAACUAA